AUGUCCGAUCAAGGCGGUCCCCUCGGCGGCGUCGGAAAGACCCUAGGCGGAGUCACCAAAGGCGUAGGCGACACGGUUGGCGGAGUUACAAAGGGAGUAAGCGAUACGGCCGGCAAUGCCGGGAAGGGAGUGACCGACACUGUCAAGGGUGCUGGGCAGACUGUUUCGGACACGGCCGGCGGGACGUCGGAUAAACCUGGUGGGGAUAGCAUUGGUGGGAAGAAGCAGACGGGGCAGAACCCGCUCGGGUUGUAG